GUGACGUAGGCUGGCGGAGGAGAAAAACAUAGACUCCUCCAUCUCCGCCGGAGCGGAGCAGAAAGACGGAUUUCAGCGAAGAAACGGCGGUUAGAUGUCGGCGAUGGAGCGAGCUGAUGAUGCACAAUAGAGACUCUGACACACCGUGUUUAAUUGCGGAUUAGAGGCGGAGGAGGGGGAGGAGGAGGGGAGGAAGGCGAGGAGACGCUCUUUAUCACAAGGAGAACCGCGGAGGGGGAGACGGCGAGAGCCCGUAGACCGUGGCGGGGAGGACGGGACAGAGGACCGUAGGCACCGUAGCUCGGAUGCUGUUUUUGCUGGGCCGGACGCGAUGCGGCCACACUGCUGGGUGAUGGUGGUGCUGGCGGGGAUCAUGUCGUACUUGAGCCCGGAGAGAGCGCUCGGAGCCCCGCAGAGAGAAGUUUCUCAGACCCGGGCAGCUUCCCUCUCUCCCCCGACCUAUGUUGUCAUCCUCAUCUCUUGUUCCGGACUGGUGUCUUUUGUUCUGCUGCUCCUCACCUGUCUGUGCUGCAAAAGAGGAGGAGUGGGGUUCAAUGUAAGUCUUCAACAUGAGUUUGACAAUGCCGAUGGGGAAGAGUGUUCUGGGGGGUCCAGUCCCAUCCAGGAGGACAGCAUUUCAUCAUGUCCGUCCCUCCCUGAGGUGUACACCUUACCAGUCAGAGACCGGUCCAAUUGUUCUGCCCUACAGGACGGUGGAGACUCCAAGUCGCAGUGUUUCAAAAGACACACGUUAAACUACCUGCAGGAAAUAGGAAAUGGCUGGUUCGGGAAGGUGAUUCUGGCUGAAGUCCUUUGCGACUGCAGCUCCUCUCAGGUGGUGGUGAAGGAGCUUCGGGUCAGUGCAAGCCCUCUUGAGCAGAGGAAGUUUUUGGCAGAGUCAGAGCCUUACAGGAGCCUUAAGCAUCCCAACAUCCUUCAGUGUUUGGGCCAGUGCAGUGAGAGCAUCCCUUUCCUCCUGGUUAUGGAGUUCUGCCAGUUGGGCGACCUGAAGAGGUACCUGCGAGCCCAGCGUAAGUCAGAUGGAAUGACCCCUGACCUUCCGACCCGUGACCUACUGACUCUGCAGCGCAUGGCUUUUGAGAUCACUUCAGGUCUUCUGCAUCUUCACGAGAACAACUACAUUCACAGUGACCUGGCUUUGAGGAACUGCCUGCUGACCUCAGACCUGACUGUUAGGAUCGGCGAUUAUGGACUCUCCCACAACCAUUAUAAAGAGGACUACUACCUGACACCAGACAAACUGUGGAUUCCAUUGCGCUGGAUCGCCCCAGAGCUGCUGGAGGAGUACAGAGGGUCGCUUAUUGUCACCGACCAAACUAAGACCAGCAACGUUUGGUCGCUAGGGGUGGUGAUAUGGGAGCUGUUUGAGUUUGGCUCUCAGCCUCACCGACAUCUGAGCGAUGAAGAGGUGUUGACCUUUGUCAUUCGGGAGCGACAAAUCACACUGGCCCAGCCACGACUCAAACUUUCCCAUGCAGAUUACUGGUACGAGAUUAUGCAGUCCUGCUGGCUUCCUCCUUCUCAGCGCCCUUGUGUCGCAGAGAUAUUCCUGCUGCUCUCCUCCCUUCUGGCAGCGGAGCGGGGAAUAGCAAGGGGGAGCACUGGAGAAGAGGAUGAGGAAGAGGAGUAUGAAGAAAGCAGAGGAAGAAGAGGAGAAAGUGAGGAGUCCUUUGAAAGACGCUGGGACUUGCUCCGUCCACAUGCUUUCCAGACUUUGAAUGAGCGGCAGCGGGAGAAAGACUACGUUAGGCAGGACAGGGAUUCCUCUUACCCUCUGUUGGACCCUGUUGGCAACCGAAUUACACCGUCCUCCUCUGAGCUAGAUGAUAUCCUCACAGUUACGGAAACUAGCAAGGGCUUAAACUUUGAGUAUUUCUGGGAGAAAGCCCAUGCCAGAAGAGGCUACAAACCACUUCCCCCUCCACAAUCUAUCCCCACAGUGAACAACAACCACAGGCAGUCCUUGGACACUCCAACAGUCGUCCCUGUGAUAAGUGCAAGAAGCCCCUCCCUUGCAAGUGAAUACUACAUUAGAUUGGAGGAACACACGCCCCAGGAUCAAUCCCCAACUUUGAAAAUGAGGUCACAGUCAUCCUUUCAGGCUGACUGUCUAGGAGACAUGGAGCUGGUGGAGAUCCGCAGUGGUUUGUUAGGAAAGGAUCGAGUUCCUUACUGUUCUGCGGAUAGGCGUCCUGGUGAUAAAAGCACACAGACAGUGAGAUCUAGUGAAGUCAAACUCCAAGUCCCCAACACUGGAGUGGCCGAGUUCAGAGACACUUCAAGCAGGGUAACUGACUUCUCUGUCGUGAAUUUAGGUGAUGAUGAAGAGGAAGAGGAGAGGAGUAAGACUGAUGCAAAUAAAAAAUCAUUUGCAAAUCCUCCUGCACCGGUUCUCCCUCCCAAACCUCGCUCUAUGUCCGCGUCAUCGAGUCACCUCCACUCGCGGCCCCUCCCUGCCCCUCCACUUGGAUAUAGAGGACUUCCUCACUAUACUAUUGGUGGGAAAAUAGAGACAGAUCCAAUUCCAACUUCAACAUUGGAUCAUCUGGGGCUCCAUCGAUCCCGACAGACAUUACCUCCAUCCCCAUCGCUAUCGCCAUCCUUGCCUCCGUCCAGCCACCCCAUCUACCCUGCACCUCAGAUGUGCCCACCACCUUUACCUCCUCAUGCCAAAUCACAACAAAGUUGUUCAAACUACAGUACUUAUUCAAAGUACAGUCUGUCACAAAUGCAAAGAUCCAGCAGAGACCCACUAACCUGUGAUUUGCCUAACAGUGAGCCUUCCAAUAGACACACGUCGAUGCACAACAGCAAGGAGAAUUCUCAUUCAUGUACAAAGGAUUUUGAAUCUCCCAAACGUCGAGAAAAUCCUCUGCGGCCUAUCUAUCGUAACUUACCUCGUCCCCAACCCCAGAUGGAUAGGCAGUCCUCAUCCAGUCCUACGUACUCAGACGAAGAUGACUCUCCCUUCAUGUCACCAGACAAACCCAGCAGUGCGACUACAGUUGCACACUCCAGCUUGUCUGAGGACGCCGAUCCCACUGCGAGUGAGUUCUUUUCCAGAGGCAUGAAACGGACCCAGUCCCGCCUCGACACGAUCCUGCCGGCUAUCUGGAGGGAAGAUGCUGAACUUCAUGCUGAGCGUGUGGCUGCUGCGCGAAAGUCCCCUAUGCAUCUGUUUUUGACAGAGAUAUCAACUGUGACUGAAUCUAACGCGUCCAAGUCAGAGAGCUCAUGGACUCAACAGACAGAAGAAAAAUCAGAUGGGGAUGGAUGGGCAAAUGUGCUCCAUCCAAACAGAGGGAUGCGUCGCUCCCGGUCUUUGAUUACAGAGUAUGGCUCAAAGGGAACAUCAUGGCAAGAGAAGCCUUGUCCCAGAACCAAGGACAAUGAAGAGGAAACAGUCACUAAAGAUUCCUUCCAAAGGGAUUUGUUUCUGACAGAAAUCGAUACGGGUCGGCUGGACGUGGAAACAGAGUCUGGACCAAGCAAUGAUCCGGUGAAAUAUCUGUACCCUGCUGGAUCCAGACUGCAGCCGUAUGCAUAUUCCUCAGACCUUCCCUCAGACACGGAAGCUGAAGCAGCCUAUUCCAAAGGCAUCCGCAGGUCCCGCUCGCUCCUCUCUGAGACCACACUUGAAAAGGAAGAAAAGGCCUCACAGCCUGCCGAGGAUUCUAAAAGACCAGGAAUGACCAGAGAGGAGUUCUUAAAAGAAAUCCAGUCAGCUGAAACCUUUCUGACAGAAAUUAUUUCUCGGCAAAAUGCUGGCACUAACAGGAAAGAGGUAGACCCGGGCAUCUCUCCCACUCCCCUCUCCCCUGAAUAUGAGUCCAUAUGCAUUGACCCGCAAUCCACUCAGACCAUCAGCUUUCAGUCUGAAAGCUCCAUACGAGCCUGCAGCAGAGGAAAGGAUGAGACGCCAACUGAGGCCAUAUAUGCUCAAGUGACAAAGAGAGCUAAACGCAGUGAGAUUAAAGUUUCCACAAGACCUGAGAUCCCUAUCCUUCAUAUUGGGUCCGGACAUGCUGUUACACCACAGAGGCAGGACGGUGAUGAUGAUCGGGCUGACUCCCACUGUCAAUCAAGUGAGAUUGUGUUUUCUGAAAUCAUGCCAAAAAACGGUCUACUGCACAGCCAGAUGGUGUCCGGUAAGGAAGAUGACGUGGAUGGUCCUGCAUUACCAGCAAGAGGAGAAUUGAGUGAAGAUUCCUCUUCAUCUAUUACGAAUGAUCAAGGCUUUGAUACUACAAAAGAGCAGGCGUUUGAGUCUCAUAAAAUACAUUUUGUCGCGAAUGGCCAGGCCAUCAGUCCUAGGGAUUCUGGUACUAAGCAUGAGGAGUUUCCCACGAACCCCAAGUGGUUUGGUGUUCAAUCGAAUGAUGGAGAAAACCUGCAACAGCAAAGCAGCAUUGCCCAGGAUUACCAUGUAGCGGCAAAGACAGCCACUCCUGACACUUGUCCACCCACUCCAGACUGGGACCCAUCCUCGGACAUUUCCCUCAUCACCCCAACAGACUCGGUCCUGUCGCCGAUGACUUCCAGCUCAACCGAUGGCCUCACCCCUGGUGACUCAUGGACAGGGGGAGGGGCUGGGAAUGUAGGGUGGCGGGCUCUGGGAAAUGAAACUCCACACAGAGACUCUGCCUACUUCUCAGACAGCGACUGGGAAGGUGAAGGGAUAAACAGGAGGAACAGUGAUGGGCUUAUAACCUCCAGGGCAGGGAACAGUCGAGGAGGUGAUCGUGCCACUCUGACCGGAAUUGAAGAAAAAACUGAAACUGAAGAGGAGGGAGAGUUGUCAUCCAAGAGCCCCCUAAGAAGCAGGACACAGUCAUCAGAUAAUGGAGCCAUCGAUUCUGUUGUGAUGAAUGUAACUCCCCUGGAUAAAGACGUGAACAUUUCUACAUUUCUGGAGGACAGAGAUAAAGGCAAAGAGAUCGGGCCCUUGCACAGAGAUGACUCCAGUGUGUUCCACGUAACAGGCCAAACAACAGUACUUUUUGAUCCUCUACAGACCAAAGACUGUGUUGACUACAUUGAUAGCUUGUUUUCAAGAAUCGAUGAGGAGCCAAUAAAAGGGCCACAACAGUGUAUGAAUGAAAGCCCUGACAAUGCUGUCUCUCAGGCAGUUGAUUGUAAACACCAGAAUCAUACAGAGAAUCUACACUAUGGUGAAUGUUCUGACAACAAAGGGAUGGCUGGAAUUUUGGAAAUUCAAAAUAAUGGAUCAAAACAUUUGGAUACUGACAUACAUUUGGUUAUGGAGUCAUCUGAAUUGCCUUGUUUAUCGAAGAACUCCAGAGCUAGUAAUGAUACAGUUAUCCAGUCAAAAGAGGUCAUGAGUGUGGAUGAUGGGGUAAAGGAUCUCCCUCAGGCCACUUGGGGAGAAGACGUCAGUGAUAAAGAUGUCCACUUAAAAGAGAAGAAAGUGAUCCAGGCUGAGCAGGACACAGAGAAGGAAUUGGCAGCUGCAGAGUUGAGUUAUGCCAUGAAGGAGAAGUCGCCUCUGAAAGAAGCAGGAAGAUGCCCCGUUCAAGUGUUAUGUGAGGAGGAGGAGGAUGUGACAAAAGGAGAGCUACAUUUACAAAAAAGAAGCCACAGGUUCACUGGAGAAGAACUUGACUGCCAUCGAGAUCAGCUCGUGUGCCCCGAGGAGAAUGACCAGUUUGCCUCUCCAGAAAAAAGAACUGAAGAUGAAGAACUGCGGUGUGAAUUUGUCUCCAGGAAAGGCAAGUCCUGGGAAGUUGGUGAGCAUCUUGUCAUGGGUGAAGAGUUCUGGGAGACUCAAGGAAAUGAUGAACGAGCAGGAAGGGAACCCCACCCGGCUGUGUUGGAGGACUACGGAGAAACAUGGAAUGAUGAAACUCAAGGAACGAUCGCGGAAAAAGAACUGGUCAUCCCCAACGAUGCUGGUGAACACCAGCCUGGUGAGGCAUUUGUACAGCAGGAGGAAAAUGCAGAGAACAUUGCACCUACAGAAAUUUCCAUUGAAAAUGCUGACAGGGAAAUUUCAGUCCAUCAAAUAGAAAAUAUUGAAAUCCCAGAUCAAGAAGCCACAGAAUCUGAAUCAAAGACGGCUUCGUCAGUCAGAGACAACACAGAGGAAAAUGAAAAUUUCAACAGCUGGUGUCAGAAUCACUCAGACAUGGAACGCUCUUUGCAGCUCAACGAUGAAACAAGCUUGAUGACUGGAAGUAAUUGCAAAGGUGCAAGUAUCCAUAUUUGCAUUACUGAACCUCCUCCUGAAAUCGAUUCAGAGUUGGACUAUGUCCAAGAGACAGAGUCUGAAACGGUCACAUGGUUUAGUGCAGUGGGAUUUAGGGUCAUGGAUGAAGAGGACGAUGAUGGAGAAGAGGGUCCAGAUUUCAAUGCUGAGCCAAGUGAUGUCCAAGUGCAGGUGAUCGAAGAAGUCUAUUCAAAGGAAGACAAUUUCAGCUCAGUGGACUUUCCCAGUCCCCCUCACAGCAUUGACCUGGACCUGCAGGAUGAGAAGCUGGACAGUUUAAAUGACUCCUUCCCAAGUCCGCCUCCCUCUGUAACAGACGUGGAGGACUUCAUCACUCACAUUGACGUGGAAGACUUUAUAGCGAGCACAGACGCUGAAGCGUUCAUUCCAGAAGGUGAGAACGAAGAGACAGCCAAACUUACCUCAUCAGUCCAUGACCGAGACAUUAAAGCAUCUGAUGAUGAUGGAGGUCAACAUAAAAGCAAGACCCUGGAUCAAACAAAAGCCCCACCACUGCCACCAACUCACGACAUUAACGCUCUUCCACAAUUGUUAAUAUCUGAGUGGAAAGAUAUGAACGAAGAGCCUUUGGAAGACUUUGAAAAGCUGGAGCAGCUGUGCUCCAUAUCUGGGGACGAGGAAGAGAGUUUGGGAGAUCUUUUCCUGGGAAACUUGGAGCUCCUGGAGUCUUUAAAGAAAACCUCAGAUGAAAAAGAAAAUAAUUCAACAAAUGACGCAGAAGACUCCUUAACGUCAGAGGAGCUCCUCAAGAAGGACAAGACUUUAGUUGGAGAGAUUCAGACGCCGGAGACGGAACCCUGUUAUGAAGAGGACGCAGAAGCCCUGGUGAGUGGGCCGAUGUCUGAUGGGAAGGAUCAGAUGUCAGUGUCCAAGAUGACCACAAAGAAUGGGCUCAUGAUGCAGGUGUGUGAGGAAAGGCUGCAGUUCUCCCUCAGUGAAAAUGUGAAAACCAAUGUGCUGUGGGGUGCGACGGUUAAGGACACUGUGACGCUUCGGCCCUGGGGGGAAGAGACUUCAGCCAACAGCACUUCUGAGAAUGAGCCAAAUGAAGAGAACGGUGACGUGGAAAAGCACAACGAAGCAAACAUCCAGCCAGACUCAGACCCUGAAGCAGCGCCUGCUGAGUCGGUAACAGUAGCAGAACCGCCUGACGUUCCAGCAUCUCAGCCUACAGCGAACCAGGCCAUGAAAGCAAAGCUGGCCCGCCUCUCUCUCGCCCUCCCGCCUCUCGCCAUGACCCUCCCCCUCACCUCCAAAGGUGACGGAGGGAUCGGAAGCCGGCUCGGGAGACAGAGAGGUCUGCAUACAGGAAGUGACCAGGACGACGAGGAUGAUGACGAGCAAGAAGACGAAAGCUCCCGGAGGGUGAUCGUCGUCACUGAAACCGAUGUUGACAAACGUGUCGGCCUGCGAAGUCUCCUCAAGUCACCUAAGGAACAAAUGGAGAGAGAGAAGUACAGAGGGCGGAACGUGUCCUUUUUCGAUGAUGUCACCAUAUAUAUGUUUGAUCAGGAAACUCCGACCAGUGAGUUGAGGUCCUCAGCGCCCACCAUUUCAACGCCUGCCUCAAAAAACACAAAGCUGGAGCUGCACGGGCCCAAAAACAAAAGCAAAGAAUCCAAACGGAAAGAUGAGUCAUCAUUCAAAGCGAGGUCCCCAGUUGGAGCCAAUCCAGUGACAUCGUCACGUUUCACUGUCAGCCCUGCCAAUGACCCCCAUUUAGUGUGAUGUUCCGGGUGUUGUCAUGGGAACCAUUAGAGCUGAACCCUCUGAAAGUGGCCAGUGAAUUAACCCCUAGAACCAGCGGGUCACUCAGAGGCUAUUUUUUUAUGGAUCAGGAAACUGAGAGACGAGGACAAACAGCAGCUGCUGGACGUUUUCCAGGUUUUACCAGCAACAGGAUUUUGUACGAGCUCCCACCCGCCUUGAUAUUUGGCUACAAACAUCUUUGGAAACGGAAGAGAAGCUCUGAUGUUUGUAAAAUCUGAGAGAGAUUUGUCGGCUAUGCAGUUGGAGUCUUACUGUGUACCAGCUUAACUUCUAUUUAUUUAUUUAUUUAUUUUUAUGUUGUAUGUUUCCGCUGGUUUGUGGCAAAGAACCUCUGCCCUUCAUGUGUCUCUAAACUUUCCUGUCCUCUUUAUUCAACUUUCUGUUGCAGUCGGACGUCUCAGCAGCAGUCCGGAGAGAAGUCCUUCACGUUUCAACAGUACUCUUUCACAUUUGUACAAACGUCAUUACACACAAAUAUACAAUAACAUUUAAAGCUGUUUGCUCAUCAGUUCUAAGACUGCACGGGAAAUUGGGCAACUUCAUUUAUCAAUUAAGUUCUAAAAUAUUCUGUUGUAUAUUGAAUGUAUUUAUUUGAAUAUUUAUUGGUUUUCAGUAUUUAAUUUUGUGUAAUUUAAUUUGUUUGAGACAGGAUGUAUUUAUUUUCUCUUAGAUCUUCAUAUCAAAUAAAUCGAAAAUAUUUUCCCAAUCGUCUUAACUGCAAAUAAAAAAAGGUAUUUUGUAUAAUUUAACUGUGAAUAUAUGCCAAUCUGUAUGGAUUUAUGUCCUGUAGUGUUUCAUUAUUUACCAGUGUCUAUGGAUUUUAGCAACCUUCUCAUUAGUUUACAUUGUUUAAAGACAGUAAAUGUAGCUUAGCAUGAAACAAAAGACGCCUUCCAUCCGUAAAUAACUCCAUUUCUUUGUGAAUCUGUUCAUUUAUUUCAUUUAAUACUAAUUACAAUCCAUCAUGCAGUCAAGAUCCAAAUAGCUCAUUUGUUUAGUCUGUUUAAAUGUUGGUUUUUAAAAGCUGUAUCGUUUGAAGAGUUGUUUUCCAGGGAUCAUGUACAAAAAGGAGAAAUAAAAACCUGAA